AUGAGCAAAACCCUUAACACCAAAUCAUGUCGGCUACCUGCUCACGUUUGUGGAGGAGGAAAGAGGAACGGCCGAAGCAAGAAAUGGAAGGAGAUGCUGAAGCUGCCGCACAUCAGCCAGUGUGAGGAGCUGCGCCGCUCCAUUGGUGGAGGAGGAAAGAGGAACGGCCGAAGCAAGAAAUGGAAGGAGAUGCUGAAGCUGCCGCACAUCAGCCAGUGUGAGGAGCUGCGCCGCUCCAUUGCCGGCCACGCCCGGGCGCUGGGCGGACCCCACUGUGGGGAGGAAGUUCAGAUUGGACUUCCUUCCUGUUUCUACCCGUCUCCACCCGCGUUUACAGGCAGGGGACAGGAAACGGCCCACCGAAUCAAAGCGGCCGCUUCCUUCCUGCUCUCAGCAUCCAGGUUCAGCCUCGGAGCGAAACCCGGUCGGUUCCUCACCCCGAAUGCCACGGCUCGAGCUAUGUACCAGCUAGCUUCCGAUGAGAAGAGGAGGGACUUUGGCCUGAAUGUUUUAGAAACAUACUUUAAUAAUGGGUCGGCCGCUCACCUGCCCGACAUUCCCCAGGACCUGGUCAGUGGCUGCCGGGAGAGGCUGGAGCAGACUCCGUGUAAGGAGCUCUUCGACGAAUGCGCCAAAAUAGUUCGUGAUUAUCUGAGUGGAGCUCCGUUUUCUUCCUACCAGGAGUCCAUGUACUUCUCCCGCUUCCUGCAGUGGAAAUGGUUGGAAAGGCAACCAGUAACCAAAAAUACUUUCAGACAUUAUAGAGUACUAGGAAAAGGUGGAUUUGGCGAGGUUUGUGCCUGCCAAGUACGUGCCACCGGUAAGAUGUACGCCUGUAAAAAGCUGGAAAAGAAACGAGUGAAGAAGAGAAAAGGUGAAGCAAUGGCACUAAACGAAAAAAGCAUUUUAGAAAAAGUUAACAGUAGUUUUGUAGUUAGUUUAGCCUAUGCCUACGAGACCAAGGACGCGCUGUGCCUGGUGCUGACCAUAAUGAAUGGGGGAGACUUAAAGUUCCACAUCUACAACAUGGGCAACUCGGGCUUCGACGAGCAGAGGGCCAUCUUCUACGCCGCGGAGAUCUGCUGCGGCCUGGAGGACCUGCACCGCGAGAGGAUAGUCUACAGGGAUUUGAAACCUGAAAACAUCCUCCUGGAUGACCGUGGACACAUCCGGAUCUCAGACUUGGGCCUUGCCGUUCAGAUCCCUGAAGGGGGGACGAUACGAGGGAGAGUCGGCACCGUCGGAUACAUGGCGCCGGAGGUGAUCCAGAGCGAGAGCUACACCUUCAGCCCGGACUGGUGGGGGCUGGGCUGCCUGAUCUUCGAGAUGAUCCAGGGCCAGUCGCCCUUCCGCAGGCGCAAGGAGCGCGUGAAGCGGGAGGAGGUGGACCGCCGCGUACGCGAGGACCCGGAGGAAUACUCAGAGAAGUUCACCGAGGAGGCCAAGGACAUCUGCAGACAGCUUCUGACCAAGGACCCCAAGGAGAGGCUGGGGUGCAAGGGAUGCGGGGCCAUCGAGGUCAAACAGCACCCCAUCUUCAGAAACAUCAACUUCAAACGGCUAGAGGCCAACAUGCAGGACCCUCCCUUCACCCCCGAUAACGAGAUGAUCGAGAUGGAGUGCUUCAAAGAGAUCAACGUCUACGAGACGGACGGGAUGCUGUGCUCGGACCUGGACGUGAACCGGCCCAACCCGCCCCCCAAGAGGGGCUUCUUCUACCGCCUGUUCAGAAGAGAGGUCUGUUUUAAGGGCGGUUACAACGACGAUGAGAUCGAAGAGCCCUCCUGCCUUUAA